AUGUCCGAGGGUUCAUCGUCAAACUCGACGGCUCAAUAUCCCGCCAAAGGGCCUUACUCGACUCAAGCUGUCCAAGAAUCAAUCCAAAGGGAACAAAUUGGAUUAGGACCAUAUGCCUCUAGACCUGAUGGUCAAGCUCAGGUAGUCGGUGACAUCGUCGCUCCUCCCAAGCACUUUAGGCUCUUGAGUUUGGUCGGUUUGGCAUAUGCUAUUCUCAACUCAUGGACUGCCAUGGCAGCUUCCCUUUCGAUCGCUCUACCUUCGGGAGGACCAACGGCAGUCAUCUGGGGUAUCGUUCCCUCGUUUAUUGGUAACUUGGCUAUGGCAGCUAGUAUGGCGGAAAUCUGUCAUGUUUAUCCUACUUCCGGUGGACAGUACCAUUGGGCUGCUAUAUUAUCUCCUGCUCAUAUGGCUCCUGCAAUCUCAUGGAUAUGCGGUUGGUUCGCCGUAGCAGGCUGGUGGGCUCUCACAGCCACGGCAGGAUCUCUCGCCGGAUCACUGAUCACUGGAGUUAUCGCUCUGCUACAUCCAAAUUACGAAGUGGAAAGAUGGCACAUCUUCUUAAUCUACAUUGCCUACUCUCUCGGUGCAUGUGCAUUGAACAUCUUCGGAUUGAGAUUAUUACCCAAGAUCAAUCAAACGGCUAUCUUCUGGUCUUUAACGGGAGCCGUGAUUAUCAUCAUUGUUUGUCUAUCUACCGCUUCGCCAGAUUUCCAAUCGGGAGAUUUCGUGUUCAAAACUUAUAUCAAUGAGACGGGCUGGAAUGAUGGUGUAGCAUGGAUUCUUGGGUUACUACAAAGUUCAUUCGGUCUGACAGGGUAUGAUGCCGUGUCACACAUGGUAGAAGAAAUGCCCAACCCUCAUCUCAACGCACCCAAAACGAUGAUUCUCGCAGUCUGUAUCGGUGCAUCGUCAUCGUUUAUCUUCUUGAUCUGUUUAUUGUUCGGUAUCAAGGAUGUCAGCGUGGUGAACGAAUCUGCUGCUGGAGCGUUGUUGGAGAGUAUGUAUCAAGCGACUCAAUCUAAAGCUGGAGCCGUUUGUCUUCAGAUAUUCCCGAUCAUCGCUAUGGCGUUCACAGCCCAAGGACUCUUAACAGCUUCUUCCAGAAUGUCAUAUGCUUUUGCUCGUGACCGAGGAUUACCUUUCUCUAGAGUAUUCGCCAUAAUGAACAGGAACGGUGUACCCAUCCCGUCGGUCAUUCUUACUACGUCUUUGGUCGUCAUUUUCGGAUGUAUCUACCUGGGUUCAUCGGCAGCUCUGAACGCUAUCUUGUCUAGCUCGGUUGUAUUCUUGAAUAUCUCCUAUUCCAUUCCAAUUCUGCUGGUCGUCAUAAGAGGAAGACACAUCUUACGACCUCCCUCACUUCCUGCUCCUACAUGGACUCUGGGUCCUGUUCUCGGACCAAUCUGUAAUUUCGUUGGUCUUGCAUUCACCUUACUCACUACGGUGUUCUUCCUCUUCCCACCUGAUUUACCAGUAACAGGUGAAAACAUGAACUACGCAGUGGCAGUACUAGCUUUAGUCUUCAUAAUUUCCGUUAUAACGUGGAUUGUCGAUGGUCGAAACAACUUUAUCGGUCCCAGAGACUUAGGUGCUCUACUCGAAUUGGCAAGGAGUGAAGUUGAUAGGGAUGCUAUCAAUCUACAUUCUCACCAUGCUCAUACCACGAAUGUCGAAAAAGGCCACGGGGAGGUACCUGCGGCUCGCAUAGAUUAG